UGGGAAUCCGCUUUCACUUUAUUUUCUUCCAUACUGCUUUAGGAAAUGGCGGAGCGAUGGGCGCGGAAUUAUGGGUACAGGAUCGGUUGCUGAUGGCAGAUAUUCUUGUAGAGCUGAGAGGUGAAUUGCCAUAGUAUUGAAGUGGAUUGCUGCCCGGGUGUGGGGACAGGAUUAGAUCUUCAUGUAAUUUAAUUAGAUAAGAUUUUAAGCUAUUAAGGCCGAGAUCUGAAGAACUACGGUAGUAUUCUAGGCCAAGAGAGCGCUCAGCGAGGCAGCACAUAUUCACCAAGCCUCACUUCUGAGCACUAGUGCCUGAAAUGCUUACGUAUAUACAGAAUAAUACCCUCCUCCCCCACCUGCCUCUAUCCUCUCCCUAUUCUCCACACUGUCCUCCCAAUUUUCUCUCUCUCCUUCCAGCGAUUGAGUUUCCUUCAUACGUUGACACCCGAUCCUUCAACUGUGGUGAUACGAUUCCAGACUUUUUAAGCAAGGGGCUACUAGAAACCUAUUAGAUUAACCAUCUCGGUUCGUUUCAGUUUCUCUUUUUUUAUCAUUUCAGUGCUUGGAACCUAACUCCCGUUUCUAUUUCUGUCUAGCCAAUUAUGUGGUCGAAUGGGCUGCAUCUAAAUUCAGGGUACCGGGAACCUAUUAGUGCGGGGGGUAGCCAUGGUGGUAACCCUCGAAGCCACCUCUACCAUAGGGAUUAUGAUGUGGAUUUCUAUCAAUCACAUGUUCCUAGGUUAUCAAGACCGGUCAAACGAAAAAUAGGAUCCCCUCCGCUGGCACACUCUAUAAAACCACCGCUACCCCCCAUUCAAUUGAAGAGCAGGGGCACUCCUGUCCUGCCAGUCUUUGUCCCUUGCGAUAAAGAUCUCCUACUUCCCAAGUUUUUUCCACAGAACGUUAUGAGAGCCAUGGAACCGACCGUUGCUAUCCGAGAUCUUGAUUUGAAGAAAAUUGCUGAACUUCGGGAAAUGUCAGAAGGCGAUGUGCAUUUUCAAAAUGUUUCGGAUAAAGAGCUACGCGAUUGGAUCUGUGAAAAUUCGGAACUGGUUGAGCACAAGGACAUCCGAUACGAGUACAACUUCCUCUCGCAGCAAUUAAUAAUAAAAUGUAUGCCCACUCCGAUGCAUGACUCGUUGCAGUACUUCUUUACGCAAACUGUUUUUGGAAUAUUUGUCGAAAAGGUUGGCUUAUUAAAAGCCCAAGAGUUAGUCACUACAGGCGCAGGCACUUGUAAGUAAUGCCAGUCAAUGAAUUAUUUAGGGAAUUUAACUAAUAAUGAUUAGCUUUUACUAGGUUUGAAGGGGAUAGGUGUGGGUCGACAGAGAAACUUCCUGAUGCCUUCGUUCAAUUAGAAGGCUCGCGCUUUCCAGUGGUAGUAUGCGAGUCUGGAUUUGCGGAGAAACUGGAGGAUUUAAAAACAGAUGCCAAACUUUGGCUUCUACACACUGGAGGUCAAACAAAAAUUGUUAUCGUCACCUUCUUUACCGAAACUCAUACAACCAGCGAGACCGACCCAACCAGCGAGACCGACCCAACCAGCGAGACCGACCCAACCAGCGAGACAGACCAUACUAGAAAGGCCUCAGAAGAUACGACAGGAACUGUAGGGGAGCAGUCGGGGGAGUAUGCACAAGAGCGAGCACUCAUAAAUGGCCUAAAUGAGUCGACAAAGUUUUGUGAUCUCGCCAACCAGUUACUUGACCUGAAUAAGUACAAGGAGCUGGGAACGCCCUUAAUCGGGAAGUUACAAGCAUCAUUGUAUGUCUAUUGUGCCAACGAGGACUACAAGGACAUCACCGAAGUAUUCAGUACAGCAAUUCUACCCCCUCCACCUGCUAAUUCCGGGGCGCCACGCCAAUUUCAAAUCACCAUGAAGGACAUCUUUGGCGAAGAAGUUCCAAAGGAUAUGAAACCAACCGAUCCAAUAACGUUUAGCCUACCCGUCCUAGCAAAGAUAAUUGAAAAAUCCCGACCCGGCACAGAAGAGUAUAGGGCGACUCGACGGGCAAAAAAACUGCUAAAAGCAGCCGGCUUAUGGGAACAAUGCGACACGUUUGCACAGCGUAAGCGUCGGAGAAAGGACGAAGCUUGAGGAUGAGGCAGGGAAACACGUUUGUUGUGGUUUGAAAUCCUGUUCCGCUUAGCUAUAGAUUUGUUAGACUUGGGCUUAAUGUGAAUUUACCUGGAUGGUCUGGGUUGGGAGAUUUGGAAUUUUGAUGUUAGAGGGAGGCAAAAGUUAGCUUGAAGGAGGUGUCAGCUAUGUGCUGUAAUAAGUUUGAAUAGCUUUGUGGUCAUGCGGCGGCCUCAGCGGGUGGGACGCAAAAUGGCUUUCGAGGGGUGCAAAGUGAGCGGUAGUAUCACUGGAGCAUUGUACCGUGCUGAAUUGGUGUCGGAGCUGCGUGUACUCUUGAGGAUGGGCUAGCACAGCGCAUUAGUCUAGUACCGAUGGCUUAAUGAACAAUGGAAAUGAAUCCAGAUUAGUAUCUGAGGGCAAGGAAUGUGUAAUACUAUGCAAUUAUAGAUUUCG